AAUACACAUAUAUAUUUAUUUAUGUAUAUUUAUCUACUUAGAUUAAACUUUCUUUCCUUUUUUUUUUCUCUUUUUCGCUUUUUCUAGGCAUCUAAACAUCUUGACACAAUUUCGAGCAUUACUCUUAAUCGGUUCCACAUGGCUGAUUAGCAUUGUAUUUGUUGGUCUUACAUUUUCCACCGGAACCUUUGAAUGUAUCAGUCGACGACAACUGUUCACCGUUGACUCACCGGUUGAUUACAGUAAUGUACAACAGAUUGCUGAUUAUGCAAAUGUGGCUGCAAAACAUGAUAUUGUUGCCAUCAUACCAGAAUCCAAUUAUACAUUUGAGUUAACAUAUCGAGACUGUUAUGUAAUCACAUUUUCACCAUCAUUUCCACACGGUAAAAAACUGUAUGCACUAUUCGUUAUUGUGGUCGGUAUUGUACCGGUUGUAUCGUCGCUAAUUGUUGCGCUUUACAUCGAAAGUAUGAUACGUACACAUCAAAAGAAUAUGUCUGAAGGUAUCAAUAAUACAUCCAAUUAA